AUGAAUGAAGUUUUUAAGGAUGAACCUCCCCAGGUACCCGACACUAGUAACCGUAAGAAGUAUGUGGAACCGGAAAUUGAUGAAGAUGAUGAAGAGUACGAGGAAGAUCUCGUUGGAUCAGGGGAUGAUAGUGAAGAUACACCAUAUGAAGAGGAGGGUGAGGAAUUAGAGGACGAAGAAGAAGACGACGACGAAGAGUAUGUAGAUGAGGAUGAGGAUGAGGGGGAAAAUGAUGUUGGUGUAAAGUGUAAGUUGAAAAAUCAGGGCAGGAAAACGGGUAAUGCUAAAGGAAGGCGUCCUGUUGUUGUAGAGGAGGAUGAUGAGUUUUAUGAUGAUCUUGAAGUUGAUGCUCGUGCUAAGUUGAAGAUGAAAGAGCGCAGUAGGAAGUAUGCUAAGAGCAGGCGUUUAGCUAAUGAUGUAGAGGAUGAAGGAAAUGAUGAUGAAGAGGAUGACGAGGAAGAUGGAGAAGCUGAUGUCCGUAGAGUGGGGAAGAAGCAUCCGAAGCAUGUAGGCCAAAAUGUUAGGCGGUAUCCAGAAGAUGAACAACAUGGGUUGAGGAAGAAACAUUUGAAGGUGAUUAGGAAGAGGCGUCGUGGGGAUACUGAUGACGAGGAAGAACAGGGGAAGCCUGUGAAGAAGAAGUUGUUGCUGAAGAAAAAGGUUGGUAAGAUUGUUGAUAAAGAGCGUAGAAAAGGAAAGUAUCCUCUUAAAGAUAAGGGAAUGACUAAGAGAGGCAAGAAUAGGAGAGUGUUUCUGCGGGUUCCAAUCCCCCAACAUCCAAUGUCUAGGGGUGAAUAUGCCAAGUGUCAUGAUGUUGUAGUUGCUACCCAAAGGGCUAAUUGCGAUCGCAAGCAACCGAGUGUUAUAUGCCGCACUGAUGCUUUCUCAAAGAUCAUUGCUGGAUUUGAUGACUCUAGAAGAGCCUGUGUGCAAAAAAUGGGGUUUGGAGGAUUGUUGGAGUUGAAAAUAUCCAAGCUUCCGAGGCAGCUUUGUUAUUGGUUGAUGACCAGAUUGGACGGAGUCAACAGUUAUCUGGUAGGUGGUGACGGGCAUGUGUUGCCGAUCACACCUGGCCAUUGGGAAGAUGUGUUUGGUUUGAGGAACAGCGGGCUUCCCAUCCCUGAAAAGGAUUCUAAUUUGCCGGCUGGAAAAGCUCUAGCGUAUGCAGUGAAGUAUGGUGAGAAAAACCCUGCAAACAACAAGACCACAGUACUGAUAUCCAACGCAACUCGCGUGUUGUUAGGUCCCUUGGACAAGCUCGGCAACUUAGUGCCGCUCGCAAAUCAACGUCAAAGGACUGAGUUCAUGGAGAACUUCAUGAUUGUGCUAAUGGGACAGAUUCUUUGUCCUUCUACUGAUGGUGCAAACAUGUCGACGAAACUGCUAGGUGCUGUAUGUGUUGCAAAGGACGCAGAUCAGUAUAACUGGUGUGAGUUUUGUCACAAAUGGCUGCUAGACUACGCGAUCCCAUGCCAGCGGAAGCUAGAAGUUCAGGGUUAUGCGGCUGGGACUGGUGGUUGUGUUUUGUUUUUGUUGGUGAGUGCUCUCCUGAAAUUGACAUUUAAUAAGUAUGUUCAUUAUAAGUGUUGUAUGUUGUAGUCCUUUUCUGGCAUGUUUUAAUUAGUUAUCCAUUUCUGGCAGGUUUUUUAUCUAGAUCGUUUAUGUCGGCUUCCUGUCCGUUGGGACGAGUUCCCCAGACUAAAAGUCUGGACUGAGGAGGAAGUGGAGAAGGUGAAACUUCAUGAUAGGAAGCCUACUGAAGACUAUGGGAGGUUAUCGACGGUUGAUGUUGUUUACCGGGAGCCCCAUCCUCUAUUUGGAGAAAGAAGGCCGUUGGCAGAAGAGGUUGCUGAUCUGGUUAUGGAAAGGAUGGCCCCCUUACUGCAAGACCUCCGUGCCGUGAUACGAGAACAAGUAAUCAUACGCAGGCUGGGGGCAAAGGAAAGUGUUGCUGAAAAAGAUCCCUCCCCUGGUGUUGCUGAAAAAGAUCCCUCCCCUGGUGUUGCUGAAAAAGAUCCCUCCCCUGCUAGCAGUUCCCAUCGCCAAAUCAGCGAUAAUGCUUAUAUUAACGUGGAUGGUGAGCCAAUGGCGGUGGAUAAGUCGGUCAACAAGGUCCUGAGUGAGUUAGAUGUCAUUGUACUGGAGGAGGAUGAAACAGACAAUGUGCAACACACAGUGGAACAACCAUUGGGAGGUGAAGAAAAUGUGUUUGUGAAUUACCAGUCCUUGCCUGUGGAGCAG